UGACCUGGAAGCAUCAGCUGAUUCGCCGGUCUCUAUUAAAUUUUCCGCGGUCUCAGAAAAUCUGGUUUCGAAACUUUUUCGAUUUUUCAACCUUAAAAAUUUUUAAAUAAUCUCUUUUGUCCUCAAGAAUGAGAUUGGUUUCGGUACGAACUUCCGGUUACUUCGCGGUGAUUUCGAUUACCGCUUUCCUCAUCAUCUCUUUCAGCGUGGAGACUUGGGCGAAGCGUGGUUGUUCUGCAUUUGGUCAUUCAUGUUUCGGAGGCCAUGGAAAGAGAUCUGAAACAAAGCAGCAAGAAUCAUCGAAAGAAAGAAACAGUAUCAGUCGAGAAGUUCCAGAAUAUGUUUUAUCACGAUCCAAUGAUGAAAUUUUUGCAAUGGACCCUGCGCAGCUAAUUCAGAAUAGAGCAGAACGACGUAUUUCUGAAAUUGACAAAAAGCAAUUGGGAGAUGAUCCACUCUCUAUAUUUAUCAGGCAAUGGAUCAUAUCGCGUCACCGUCAAUAUGCUGAUACUGGGGAUGCAAAUAAAUAAACUGACUGGAAGAUUUCGAUGAAACAAUAAGAAUGCUAAUAUUAUCUUUAUCUCAAAGCUAUUUUUUAUUUAUUUUAAUUUUUUGAACAUGUAUCUAAAAUUUUGCAUUUCACACGCUUUUUAUUCGUCCAGGAUCAUGAGAAACCAAAUUGAUAAUUUAAAUCCUGAAUUUGUCGGUACAUAAUUUAUUUGGUGAUAUAUGCAUGAACAUAAAAAAAAAGAGAAAAAUCAAGUCAUGAAAUUAUAAUCGAGAUAAUAAAUUAAAUACGACCUCGUAUGUUUUACACGAAAUUAAUAUAAUUACAUACCAUGUAAAUCAAAGCUCUUCUCCAAAAGUAUGCACAAAAAAGAUUCUUAUUUAUUACUGAACAUUAUUCAAUUAUUUUGUUUAAAUUCUAUUAGUCUGAAAGCAAUUGUAUUAUAUUUAUUUUUCAUAAUUAUAUUUAUUUCCUCGAAAAUGUAAAAAGUUUUGUCAAUAAAAUGUAACUUAUGUAUUAGUAUUUUAUGAAAUUUGUAUCUAUAGAGAUUUAUUAAGUGAAGGAUUUAGAAUUUAUUACAAACUUUCCACUAAUUCUGAAAUUUAUUUAAAUAUAAGUCAUGUUACUGAUUGUAAUUCCUGCAGUGAGACUUUAUUGAACUUAAGACUAAAUGUAACAAUGUGCGUGAGUAA